AUGACCAAUGGUUCACUCGUCCCUCCACGCCCGCCUCCCCAUGGCGAGUAUACCCUGGAGGCACAACGUCCAAGGAAAAGACUGCAGAAGCCCUGUUUGAAGCAGCCAAAACAACAACCUUCAUUUGAUACUACCAGCGCCGCCUUGAGCCCAAGCCCCGGGAAAAGCAAAGCCGCCCGUGGAACCAGAUUAUGGGAUCGCGCACGCACACCGCCCCUUCAGACUAUCCCGCCUCAGCCAGAUCUGAGUGAUGCGAAAUGGGCGGAUUAUCUUCAGAGAUCCCCAUCAAUCGGUUGCCCAGAGCAUCAAGAUGGCAUGGUCAACAUAAUACCUGAGUUUGCCCACCUAGGAGUCCACAGGUUAGAGCGAAGGUCGCAAAUGGAGUCUCACUACAGCACGCCGGACUCGAUUUCCUCUACCGAGUCAACGAGGCUGCGGACACACGCCAAAACCCCUGUUUUCCGUAUAGGACAGCUUGAGGGCACCGCGGCACGCAUGAAGCGUCAACUCAAACGACAAAGCGCCGAGAUGGGCGCUUUGGAUUUUGAUCGAUUGGCCAAAGCCUCACCCUGGCGAAGUUCGCGCUCAGCGCCCCUACCAGGCAUUCGUCACUUGCAAGGGAGAAGCCUACCGCCUCUGCCUGGACGGAAACGCAGCCGGAGUGAAUUGACAAUCAGUUCACCUUUGCCUGGACGAUGGCGCAGUCCGAGUGACCUGUCAUCGGUCGACCCGCCCCCGACCGGACGAUGGCGUAGUCCAAGCGACCUGUCAUCGGUCGACCCGCCCCCGACCGGACGAUGGCGUAGUCCAAGCGACCUGUCAUCGGUCGACCCGCCCCCGACCAGACGAUGGCGUAGUCCAAGCGACCUGUCAUCGGUCGACCCGCCCCCGACCGGACGAUGGCGUAGUCCAAGCGACUUGUCAUCGUCCGACUCGUCCUUGCCCGGACGACGGCGCAGUCCGAGUGACUUCUCAUCGGUUGACUUGCCCCCAACCGGACGAUGGCGGAGCCGAAGUGACUUGUCGUCAGUCGGCUCGCCGCCACCCCUCGAAAGAGGUGGCCAAUCCCCGGUGUCAGAAGCUGGCACGCUCGUCUCGUUUGACGACGAGACCAUCUACUUCAGGCCAGCGUCUUUCUGUCUGGAGCCCCCAUCACCCCCGAUGAAACCCUUCGAGCAGCCGAGAGACCCACCGAGGGCACCGAGCAGCCCCGCGCAGACGAGCGUCGGCCUGCAGAUAUGCCUCGAGCUUCUCACUCGAGAACUGUCAUCGACAUUACAUGACAGGGCGGGUCGCUCGUCCAGUACUACCCAGUCGCAAUUGCAGGUUUGGGUCAUGAUUGAGGCCUACGAGAGACUGCGGGAACAACUAUUUUCGGAGCCAUCUUUGCGUUUGUCGCCAGAAGAUUCUCUGGCCGCCGAGACUAUGAUCAACACAUGGCUACGCGCGCUAUACGCUAUUCAUGAAUCGUUAACCAAGAGCCAACGCACAGGGUUCGGUGAUAGCGAUGGUUUGCCAAGAGAAGAUCUCGACUAG